CGGUGGAAGCGGGAGGGCGCCGGGCUCGGAGGGUUGACAGGCGCGCGGCGGGCUGGCCCGAGGCCGGGCGGCGGGGCCUUCGCCAUGCCCGGGAUGGUGCUUUUCGGCCGGCGCUGGGCCUUCGCUAGCGACGACUUGGUCUUCCCGGGGUUGUUCGAGCUGUUCCUGCGAGUGCUGUGGUGGAUCGGCAUCCUGGCUUUGUAUCUCAUGCACAGAGGGAAGCUGGACUGUGCCGGCGGGGUCCUGCUCAGCAGUUACCUGAUCGUUCUCAUGGUUCUCCUGGCGGUGGUGAUAUGUACCGUGUCAGCCAUCGUGCAUGUCAGCAUGAAAGGAACCAUUUGUAAUCCUGGCCCGCGGAAAUCUAUGUCUAAACUGCUUUACAUCCGCCUAGCGCUCUUUCUGCCAGAGAUGAUCUGGGCUUCUCUGGGGGCCGCGUGGAUAGCAAGUGGUGUUCAGUGUGACAAGACAGUUGUGAAUGGCAUCAUUGCAACCGUCAUUGUCAGUUGGAUUAUCAUCGCCUCCACUGUGGUUACCAUUUUCAUUGUCUUUGACCCGCUGGGGGGGAAAAUAGCUCCACAUUCCUCUGCUGGUCCCAAUCACCUGGAUGGUCAUGAGUCAAGCCAGUUACUUAAUGGCCUCAAGACAGCAGCUGCAAGCGUAUGGGAAGCCAGAAUCAAGUUCUUGUGCUGUUGCAUUGGGAAAGACGACCAUACUCGAGUUGCUUUUUCGAGUACGGCAGAGCUUUUCUCAACCUACUUUUCAGACACAGAUCUGGUGCCCAGCGACAUCGCGGCCGGCCUCGCCCUUCUCCAUCAGCAGCAGGACAAUAUCAGAAAUAACCAGGAGCCUCAUGAGGUGAUCAGUCAUUCCCCAGAGCCCUCCCAGGAAGCUGAUUUGGAUGCAGAAUUAGAAAAUUGCCGUCAUUAUAUGCACUUCGCAGCAGCUGCUUACGGCUGGCCCCUCUACAUUUAUAGAAACCAAUUUACAGGGCUGUGGAAGAUUGGUGGUGACUGUUGCAGAAACAGAACAACAGAAUAUGACUUGGUUGGAGGUGAUCGGCUCAGCUGUCAUUUUGGCUCCAUCCUGCAGACGACGGGGCUCCAGUACAGGGACUUCAUUCAUAUAAGCUUUCAUGACAAGGUAUAUGAGCUCCCGUUUUUAGUGGCCCUGGAUCACAGGAAAGAAGCUAUCGUGGUAGCUGUGAGAGGAACCAUGUCUCUCCAGGACAUCCUUACGGACCUGUCAGCGGAGAACGAGACCCUCAACUUGGAGUGUGAAGUGCAAGACUGCUCGGCACACAAGGGGAUUUCUCAAGCUGCCCGAUAUGUUUACCGACGACUCGUCAACGAUGGGAUUUUGAGCCAAGCUUUCAGCAUUGCUCCUGAAUACCGGCUGGUCAUCGUGGGGCACAGCCUGGGGGCAGGCGCCGCAGCCCUGCUGGCCAUCAUGCUCAGACAGUCCCACCCACAGGUCCACUGCUACGCCUUCUCCCCGCCGCGGGGGCUGCUGAGCAAAUCCCUCUAUGAAUACUCUAAGAGCUUCAUAGUGUCCGUUGUCCUGGGCGAUGACGUGAUUCCCAGGUUAAGUGUGACCAACCUGGAGGAUUUGAAGAGGAGGCUCUUGCGUGUGAUUGCUCACUGCAACAAGCCCAAGUACAAGAUCUUGCUGCACGGAUGCUGGUACGAGCUGUUUGGAGGGGAUCCCGAUAACCUGCCUACCGAGCUGGACGGCGGUGACCGGAGAGACCUGACGCAGCCUCUCCUGGCGGAGCAGAGUCUGCUGACGCACUGGUCCCCAGCAUACAGCUGCUCCAGCGACUCCCCGCUGGAGUCCCCCACCAAGUACCCGCCUCUCUACCCGCCCGGCAGGAUCAUCCACCUGGAAGAAGAGGGCACUUCAGGGAGGUUUUGCUGCUGUUCUGCUGCUCAUUAUCGAGCGAAGUGGUCCCAUGAAUCGGAAUUCAGCAGAAUCCUCAUCGGCCCAAAGAUGCUAACAGACCACAUGCCGGACAUCCUGAUGCGAGCCUUGGACAGCGUGGUGUCCGACAGGGCCGCCUGCAUUUCCUGUCCAGCCGGAGGCGGCGCUGAUGUGGACGUGGUGUAGCCAGGGCUCUGGAAGCUGCUCCAGGACGCGGGACUGGUGCUGCUGUUCUGGAACUGACCGGGUAUCAGUGACUCCCCAGAUGCCGAGAGCCUGGAUGUCCAUCGGGAGGAAGCUGACGGGCACUGAAUCUGACGGUCUUCGAGUGAGCGUAAUUUGAGAAAUAAUUGUGCUCAUGGUAUUAGCAGGAUCAGGAGUCAGGGGAGAGCACCGAGGUGAUGGGACUCUGGAGACUGAGAAUGAGCGUGUGAGGAAGCUUCAGGAAACCCCUUUCCCGUGGGCCUGCCGAUUCCUUGGGACCUGAGAACUGCAGGAAAGGGUGGGAAUCCAACAGCCAGGCUUCAGGCCCUGCUGGAUCCUCAGAGUCCCACCCCUCGGGCCACCUUUUCUCUGUCAGGGUCUUAUCACUGCUUAGCCGAGUCUGAACUUGGCACCCAGGGCUGUAGCUGCACAGACUCAGGACUCGGCUGGCAGGGUGCAGGCUGGGGGUGGGGUUCCUCCUGGGUGGCUCUACGGGUCCCGACUGGGAAUCAAGGCGAAACCGAGUUGGGGAUGAGUCGAGACCCCUGCUCCUGCCCUCCCGGGUGUGGCCCUGCACUUCCCUGUUUACACUGCAUCAUCAGCACCGAGUCCAUUACUGAACUCUCGUGUCGCCUUCGGGCUCUUGGAAGUCGGUCGGGAUUCAGAGGGAGCUGGAAAAUAAAGCACUUAGCCUGCCAUUGUGUCCGUGCAGUGCUGUGCUCUUCUUACCGCAUGCUUUCAAGGUCUGUUCUAAGUGGUUUUACAGCAAUCAUGUUUUAAACCGUUUUUUUCUGUCUACUGUAAACAACAAAAUGAAGUCUUCAGUUUUCUUGGAGCUCUGGCUGAAGACGGAAGAUUGCACAGGCAUCUGACUUCACCCUACCCCCACCCCACCAAGGCCCCAUAAAAUGACAAUAAAGGCAUUUCCUUAAAAAGCAUAACCCCACAAGGAUAGGGAAAGAAGACACAAGAACCAUCGAUGGCUAGAGGGAGACAGAACCCUGAGUGAAGUGGAGGAAAGACAAGAACCAACCCGGUUUUCAACCCCGAUGUCCCUGCCCCUCUGACACGGGAGGGAAGCAGACGAUGGGACUGGCUCAGGUGAGGUGGUUUCCCGGAAAGCUGGAAGAAAUCUGGCCGUUUGUUUGCCUCGGGCAGAGGGAGCACUAGACACCAGCACUGCUGAGGACACACAAAUGCCAUUCCUCAGCACCUUCGAGAUUGUCCGGAGCAACCUGACCUCCAGGCAUGUCCCUCAGGGCGUCUCAGCUGUCAGCCACACCACCUUAGCUCUGAAAACGUGCAAGGGAGCAUUUACAAGCUUCACCUGAAAUGCCCUGGUAUCGUCCAGUGCUGCAGGCUCCAUCUGUAAACCCCAGGCCUGUCCGUUCCUAGUGGCAAAGGUAAGAGAUCUCAGACGGACUGGAACAACACUGCCCCGGUGGGACCCACCUGCGUGCUGUUUCCAGUCUGCUUUGUAGGUUCUCAACCUUUAAGCACAAGCCAAGGACUGCCAGACAUUUGAGGAACAAGGGACCAGAAGAAACAUGUGGGCAAAGCUUCAAACUCCCCCAGCCACCACUUGGGGACAGAGAAAGUGCUGCAACCACCACAGCGAUCCACGAGGCUGAGAAACUGUUAGAGAAGGAAGAACACCUGGGAAUUAAGCGUGAAGACGAGCUCAGAAGCAGCGAGGCAGUGGAUAUGUGAGUAGUGGGAAACACACGAGUUUCCAAGCGGAGAGGGCCCCCCAAGCACAGGGCACAAAGGAUAAACAAACCCAGGACAUGAGGACAAAGGGGAGAGCCCACAAGACUUGGAAGGAAAGCACAGCCCCGUGCAGUGGGCACGGCCUUCCGAAGGCUGAGGGGAAGUUGCUCCAGCCGAGAAUUUUAGACCUAGCCAAAAAGUAUCCGCGUAGAAUGAAGUUAUUUUCAAAGACACAACGGCCGAAAACAGAUUUCCCACACAGUCCUCAGGAAGCUCUUGGAGAACCUGUUCAUCAAAAUGAGGAGGUAAAUUAAAAAUCAGGAGUCGGGAUGCAGAUGAACACGCACGAGAAAUGGUGGCGAGAAGACUGAGACCUCAGGAAGGCGAAAAUGGAUGAAACAGAAUACCUCCAAACACCUUGAGAGAUUCAGACGAGAUGGAAGUUCACAGAUUAAGUACACAGAAAACUAGGCAAAUAAGGUAUGAAUUAUCCCAAAAGAAACCAAAAGUUUUGCAGGAGAGACUAGGUACUGCGCGGCUCGGCUGAGUAUUUACAGAGUAAGAGCAACAGAGACACUAACAGUGAGCGCCAACCAGCAUGACGGAGGGGCUGGGAGAGCUGGGGCGGUGGGCAGCCGGGACGGAGAAAGCCCUCGAUCCACCAGCACACAGGACCGUGGUUCGGGCUCAAACUGGAAAAUCCAACUGGCAAGAAAAGCAUAUGGUUCAGCCUGGCCCAGGGAGGGGAGGGCGGGGCCUGGAGGUUGAACUGCCCGCCAGUGGCUGGUGAUUUAAUCCUAGAAGGAUGGGGGUGAGAGCUCCCGGGCGGGGACUCUCGGAGAUUUGGGGAGAGUGGUCUGGGGAGGGCGUGGGAGCUCCGCCCUUCCCCUCCCUGGUCCUAUGCACCUCUUCCCCCUGGCUGUUCCUGAGUUACAGCCUUUUACAAUAAACCGGUGAUGUAGUAAGCGGAAAAAAAAAAAAAGCAAGCAAACAAGACUGUUGUUUUUAUAGCAAACCUUUAGAACUAUUUGCUCUUUAAACUACGCAUGACAGUAUCUUUGGUAAAAAGGAGUAUUUAGAUAACUGAUUCCAACAGGAAGUGUGUAGAGCAUAAUUUCAGGCUCCAGAAGGGAUCUUAGUCAUAUAGCCUCUGCGCCACCAAGCUGCCAACUCAGGUCCCAACAUCUGCGUUUUCAGCCCAGAGCUCUGGCCCAAAAUGCACGUGCACACACGCCCCAAUGUGGCCGUCACGUGAGUACGUUCUCACCAGCACUCAACAGGUCCGAAACCAAACAUUACCCCCUCCCCCAUCAUUACCUGCUUCAUCCACAUUCUCUCCCCGGAGGGGGGCACGCCCCGUCCCCCCAGCGUGACAACAUGCACUGGAAACGACUCUCCAACAACCCAGGGUUUGCAAGCGAGGCAAAUGAACACACACCCCAGGAGGCUGCUCACCAGGCUCUCAAGAAUUCAGUAUCACCAGUCGUAUGAUUCCAGGAUUUAUUAAGUCUUACAUGCAAAACAUACUGCUAAUUGCAUUAGCAAAAGAUCAAUGUAAAAACACUCCACAAUUCUGCAACGGUCAAUUUAAAAAACUUUGUUCUAGUGGUUGAAAGGUCCGACCUCGUAUUCUUGCCAGUGGGUAAGUUGUACAGAAUUCAUUAGCACGAGCAUGGGGUUUACAGAACCUCACAGACCCAAAGGA